CAUGUAUGUCAUAAGCUCAUGUGACAUGCCUAUAUAUUUUUUUAUGCAUUAAAUGAUUUCCCAAUUUAUUAUAUAGAGCUAUAAUUAUUGACACCCAAGAUGGUUGUGAAAUACAGAUGUACGUACACGUAACAAAAUCACCCAAUUCGUUCCCCAUAAUAUAUUAGGCCAAAUCUCCCUCCAAACUUUCACAUAUAUAGUUACACUCUCUCUCCUCUUUCAUUUAUUCCUCCAGCCUAGUACCAACCACUUUCCUCCUCUUCUCCUCAACCAAAAAACUACCCAUGUUUUAUCUCUUCUUUCUCCAUUAAACUCCUUAAGAACCCAUUAAUUUGACGAAAUCGAAUAGUCGAGUACAAAACCAAACAAUCGAUUACAUAUCGAUAUUAGUACUAUUAGCUGAAAAUGGAAGGAAUUUCAGCUAAUGUGUACAAAGGUAUUAGAGGGUAUUGGAACAGAAAAGGGUAUAAAAAGCUAGACAAAAAAAACAAAAAUUAUGUCCAAGCCGGCGACCCGGUUGUUGGAACCGGGUCGGAUUUGGAUCCGAACCGGGGUCAGGGUAAGGGGCGAGGGCGGAAGCGGAGGUUCUUUCGGGUAACAACAGGGCGAAGGAUGCGGAUCUGGAGGAAGGUAGUGGGCAUGCCUAAGAAGUGGCUGACCCGUUUAAGGGAUGCAUAUGUGAAUAUGAUGCUUAACUUAGCUAACUCCGGGCUUGCGGUUGGCGGUGCCGCAGCCGGGUUUGGAGGAUCCAUUGAAUAUAGCGGGUUCGGGUAUGGAUAUGGUAAUAAUAAUGGUAAUAGAGGUCAACUUAAGGAAUAUGAUGAGAAGAUGAUUGUUGAAAUUUAUAAGUCUUUGAUCAUUGCUCAAGGACAACUUGGAAAUGGUGCUAAUAAAGUUGCUACUACUAACUCUCAGCAGCAACUUCUUAAUAGUCCUCCAAAAAUCACCAUUUCUGCGCGGUAACUUUUUUUUUUUUAAUUUAAUGAUUUUUUUUUUCUUUUUUUUGAGAUUAAUUAAUUAUGAGGUAAAAAAAAAAAAGGGUUGGAACAUGUUACUAGUCUUACUACUUAGGCGGUACUAGCUAGUGCUCCAAGCUGACUUCUAUGUCAUGUUAUUGAAUCUUGAUAAUUGAUGUGUAAGGGUAUUUUAGACUUUUAAUUUCAAUUAUUAGAAUAAUAAAAUCUCUUUUUAAUUAA